AAGUAUAUCUGACGUUGGUGCAUUUUAUUUAUUUUCUGUACUUGAAAAACCACUUCACAGUACAUUUACCUACAGGCUUACUACAAGAGCCAGCCCCUUGCUUACAUCAGGUCUCCACACCUUUGCUGAAACAUACAGGUACACCACAUUCCUGAGUGUGAGCUGCAAAUGGAGGGCUAAGUGCAGCUUCUCGAAGAUAAGGAAGUGAAAGCACUUGGAGAUUUGACAACAGGGAGCUGUCUCAUGAUCGAUUUUUCUUCCCGAGAUUGGAGCUAGAUUGGUGUUUAUUGGUGAACUCCCCCAGGACUUCCUGCGCAUCACUCCCACCCAACAGCAACAGCAAAUCCAGUUGGAUGCCCAGGCUGCGCAGCAGCUACAGUACGCAGGAUCAAUGGCGACUAUGGGCAGAGUCAGCAUCACUGUAGUGCAGGCCAAGCUUGCGAAGAACUAUGGUAUGACACGAAUGGAUCCAUACUGUAGGAUACGUUUGGGGUAUGCGGUGUAUGAGACUCCCACGGCACAUAAUGGUGCCAAAAAUCCCAGAUGGAACAAGGUGAUCCAGUGUACUGUACCCCCAGGAGUCGAUUCCUUCUACCUGGAAAUUUUUGAUGAGAGAGCGUUCUCCAUGGAUGACCGCAUUGCAUGGACACACAUCACUAUUCCAGAAUCGUUAAAAGAAGGAAAGGUGGUAGAUGAAUGGUUCAGUCUGAGUGGCAGGCAAGGAGAUGACAAGGAAGGCAUGAUCAACCUGGUUAUGUCAUACACGUCUGUGCCAGCCGCAAUGUUGAUGCAGUCUCAACCUGUGGUGUUAAUGCCUACAGUCUACCAGCAAGGUGUCGGCUAUGUGCCCAUAGCAGGACUUGAUUACUGGUCUCUGGGUAUGCCAGGUAUGUACAACCCUGGAGCACCAAUGACUCUACCACAGCCAGCAUUAAAUCCUCAGCAUCAAUCUUGGGACGAAGACCUUAAAGCCCUCAAAGAGAUGUUCCCAACAAUGGACCCUGAGGUCAUUAAAUCAGUUCUGGAGGAAUACCGAGGGAACAAGGAAGCUGCAAUCAACUCUCUUCUACAAAUGGUUGAAGAGUCCUAGUGGAAUCGCCAUUCUUCUGCCUUGUAGAUUUUCUUUCCCCUGCCAGUGUCCUUUUUUGACUUGCCAAGAUGGAAUUUUCUUUGACUUCUUUCAGCCCAUGAAAUAUUCAGUUGUGGCUGUUCAUUUGUGUUUGUGUAUUUUGGCUUCUUCUGCACAGUUAAUGAUGUUGGAACGUUCCAUACAUACGUCUGACUAUGCAGUGCCCUCCUCAUGGGGGAAAAACAACCUUCUGUAUUUGCUUCUAAGCUCAUUUUCAAGAUGUAUCAAGUGUGGUUUCAAUGGGUCCUGGAAAUAUCCAGAACGAAUAGGCCAGGUAGAAAAUCGAUCAGCCUUCUUUUUUUACCCAGUCUUUGGGUCAUGCUCAGGGGUUAGCUAAAUCUGGAUGGGAUAUUUUCCAAAGAAUAGUAGGUAAUUUAUUUAUUUUGCAAGAGAAUGAAGUGUGUCUGAUCUACACAGGAAUGUUCACAUGACUAAAAUCUCUGGUUGACAAUCUAUUACUGGAUAUCAUUUUAGAAUACUAUGGUGGAAUGUAUUCAUUUAGGUGUGUAAAAUCUCAAGAGAUUUUUUUAUACAAAUGGCCUUGGAGAGGAGAUGGCAGAUGGAUAUCUGAAAAUAGCUACCAAACAAUCUAUCUUUUCCCUAGGUCAUAGACUUGCAGGCUUGGAUCCCAUGAGCUUCUGUCUGUAUGACAUUAAUCAGGUGUUAUGUGAGAUGUGGCACCACACAGAAAUCUAAUUACUAUCUUUGCUAGAUUAAGUAAUGACCAUCCCACUUCCUAGUGGCGCUCCAGCAGUUGUUGGUUUUUGUGUGAACCCAGCCUUGCGGCUGAGUAGGAUCCCAGUAGAUAGAAGUACCCCACUCCUGGCAAAGCUGUGUCGCAUGAUAUACCCAUAUAUUGGUCUGGAGAAUCAAUUAAAUUAUGCGUUGUUUCUGUCUUUGUCUUUUUUUUUUUAUGUGCCAGUUUCAGAAUCCUAUUUUAUUUAUUUUUUUCCAUUGUGGCGCAGUACAAUAAAUGUUGACCCUAGUAAAUUGAGAAGCCCAACAUUGAUUGCACCCCAGUGCUUUUAUCCACCAGAGGGAGCUACUUGUCUUGUAAUUGGUCAUUAUAUGGCAAAAUGUAAAAAAUUGAUAUAGUGAUUGCAGGCCAAGUUAAAUAUAUCAAUUUUUUUUAAAUUGGCUUCUUUCUGGUUAUGACAAUUAUCUAUGUGUACCAUCAUGCUGUAGUCCUUUUGACAAUCCUUGUAUUUGUGCAUUCUAUAUACAUGCUUCAUGCUCAACAAUCAAAGCAAGAAAAUAUAACAGGCUGUAUCCAGCCUAAUGCUGGCCAUACACGCACAUCAUUUUGGUUGUUUGCAGAUUCAGCGAUUUUAUUUGCCGGUCGACAGCGAAUUGCCCACAUUCUGACAGAAUAAACUAGUUUCCAUGACUGUCCUUACCGUUGGAUAACAAUAAAAACCUAUAUAAACUAUACAAGACAGAAUAUUCUUAUUGUUUCGAUUACAACAUACACAUAUUCACUGUAGUUAAAAUGGCCCCACGGUCAAAAUGGUUGGUAAAGUUGACACUAACGGCACGAUUGUUGAACGAUCUUUGCGAAAAUUACGUGUUUCGGCCGAAAAUCUGCGUGUAUGGCCAGCAUAAGAAUAAUGAAUAUGGUAUGCAAGGUACUCAACUCUUCAAACCAAUAGAUAGGUGUUUUUUUUUUUUUUUUUUUUUUUUGGAAGAUCUACAAAUGGCAGCAAAUGAAUAUCUCAGAAUUCUGUAUUUUAUGCAGUGUUUUAAUGCUUCUUGUUCAUUCAUCAGUUUAUGAUUUUAAUUGUGAGGUUUUUCUAUUGUCAUUACAGAGGCAAUGCAAAAUUUUCAAAUGUGUGAGUAGGAUAUUUCCAUUAAUUGAGAAUAAUGCAGGAUAUACCUAUCCUUUUUAAAGUGUAAAUAUCGAUCAAAUAAAAAAUGGUGCAGCCUGUCACUAGCAUUAACACAA